AUGUUUGCUGCUAUUGCAUCAGGAAAUCCAGUACAAUUAUCCACAGAAGUACCUAACUCAAAUGGUUUACAACAUACAAUUGUCCUUUCCUCGACCAAACCAAAGUCCUAUUCGCAUAUUAGUUUAUUUAUAUUACCAAAUGUAACAUUUCCAGAAACAUAUGUUGCAACGGUAUACUUCAAAUUAAACCCAAUAGAGGAUUUUAAGCUAUUUGGAUACUUAAGCUCUGAAAAGCCAAGUGCCAUUUUCAAGGUUAAACUACCAGGACCCAAUCCUACUCCUGUAUCAAGUAUGAAUGGAGACGGCCUUGGUGAGAUAGAUAUGGAUACUGAUGAAUCUUCAAAUAUAGGAAUUGGGAGUAAUAUAUCAGAGUUGAUUAUUGGUAUAUCAAUAGAACCAAGAGAUGAAGGGUUAGCAAAAUUAAAAGAGUGGAAAGAGGAACAAGAAGCAUCUAAUAACUCUUUAGUUUUAUCAAAACCAAAUAUUGCAACUGGGAUUACGACCGUGGGGCAAUUGGCUUCUAUCUACCCUGUAUUAACCCAAGAAUUGGCAGCUAAGAUUGUCCAACAUGCUUAUAACUAUUUAUCUGGAUUUUUGGAUUCCGGCGGUAACGUGUCUAUAAAGAGAUUUGAUACUUGGUGGGAUAAGUUUAGAAAUAGAUUGGCUAAUGACGGCUCAUUUCUAGAUGAAGUAACGAAUAGUUGA